GCCGGCCCACCGGCGGCACGGCCGUCGCGUCAUCAUUACUGCGCAUGUGCGCGGCCGCCGGGGAGGGCAACGCCUCUUCUGCGCCUGCGCAUGCGCGCCGGGCCCGCGGCGGCCGGCGGGGCUUUUAAAGGGACCGCAUCCCGUUACCGGCGGGGCAGUUUUGCCCACAGUCUCCCUCUGCAGGCCGGUCCCGGCGGCGGCUGAUGGAGGCGACCGCGGGCUGGCGCUGCCGGCCGGGCGGGCGGCUGGAUAUGAGUCACGGCUUCGUGCGGCACAUCCGCCGCAACCAGAUCGCCAGGGACGCCUACGAGCGGGCGGUGCGGCAGGCGCGGGGGCGGGCACGGGGCCGGCUCACCCCCACCCCGCCCCGGCCCCGCCGCCCCGACCAGCAGGUGUACCGGCCCCGCCGGCCCGGCGCCGCCGCAGGGGGUCCCGGGGGUGACGCCAGCCCGGGGCCCCCCCCUGCCGACACCCGCGGGCCCCGGCUCUUCUGCCUGGAGUACGAGGGGGACGACGGGUGCGUCACCGCCGUCAUCGUGCACCAGGGGGACAGCGCGGAGGAGGUGACGCGGCGGGUCUGCGCCCGGAGCCCGCUGGAGCCCGCCCUGCGCCGGGCCCUCUGCCAGCGCGUGCAGGACGAGCUCAGCAAGCGCCGAGGGACGGGGUGACGCUGCCGACCCCCCCCGGGGACGCUGCCACCCCCCGGGGGACCCUGCUGCCCCCCCAGCCCCCCCGGCAGGGACGGGGUGUGUGUGUCCCCCGGGGAUGGGUGCCAGCUGCUGCCUGGUGUCAAUAAAGGUGCUGCGAGGCUGCGGCGUUGCUCUGCUCGGGGAAA